UCAUGGAGUAUAUAUAUUUGCCUGUGAAGUUUCUUUAUCGUCAAAAAUCCUACAAGAACUGCCUCAGUUUUCAAUAAACAACAAUGAUUCCUACGCUGUUACUUCCUCUCUUCUUUGUCUCUGUUCUUCCUCUUUUCUCCUUCUUCUUCCUUGGACCUUUUUCCCUGAAACUGAACACAAAAGAUAAACCUUCUUCACAUGACAACAUUGUCCUCCCAAAAGCAUACCCACUCAUAGGUUCCUACUUGGCUUUCAAAGCCACCGAAAACCGCCUUAUCCAGUGGUUAUCCGAUCUGAUCAAAGUCUCACCGGCUGCCACUCUCAUCCUUCACGGCCCCAUGGGCAGCCGCGAAGUCAUCACAGGCAACCCCGCCAUUGUAGAGCACAUUCUCAAGACCCGUUUCUCCAACUACCAAAAGGGCACCACCUUCACUCAUACUCUCUCCGAUUUCCUAGGCAAAGGAAUCUUCAACGCCGACGGCCACAACUGGAAGUUUCAGAGACAAGUAGCCAUCCAACAAUUCAACACAAAGUCACAACGCAAAUUCAUGGAACAAGUCGUGGACGAGAAACUCUCCAACCGUCUCAUCCCCAUCCUAGCGUCAGCAGCACAAGAAGAUCGAACCCUCGAUAUGCAAGACAUUCUUCAACGUUUCUCGUUUGACAACGUAUGCAAAAUCGCGUUUGGAUUCGACCUUGAUUACCUGACGGCGUCAGAUGAACGGAGCAAGUUCGCGCAGGCCUUCGAAGAAGCAAUGGAGAUCAGCACCAAACGGUUCUCCGAGCCGUUGCCGUUAAUCUGGGAGAUCAAGAGGGUGCUAAACGUAGGGUCGGAAAGGCGGUUGCGAAUGGCAGUGAGGGAAGUGCACGAGUUCGCGAAGAACAUAGUGAGAGAGAAGAAGAAGGAGCUGAAAGAGAAGGAAACGCUGGAAUCCGAGGACAUGCUUUCGCGGUUCUUGAAUUCAGGGCACUCCGACGAAGAGUUUGUGACGGACAUAGUGAUAAGUUUCAUACUAGCUGGGAAGGACUCUACUUCCGCCGCGCUUAUAUGGUUUUUCUGGCUAAUAUGGAAGAACCCGCGUGUGGAGAAGGAGAUUGUGAAUGAAAUAAGGGAAAAUUCAGAGACUCCGGUGGCCGAUGAAGCGAAGGAUAUGGUUUAUACGCACGCGGCGUUGUGUGAGAGCAUGAGGCUGUACCCUCCGGUGCCGAUUGAUGUGAAGGAAGCAAUGGACGACGAUGUUUUACCGGAUGGAACGGUGGUGAAGAAGGGGAUGCAGGUGAAAUAUCACGUGUACGCUAUGGGGAGGUUGGAGAGUAUCUGGGGUGAGGAUUGGGCUGAGUUUAAGCCAGAGCGGUGGUUAGAGAAGGUUGAAUCCGGAAAGUGGAAGUUCGUGGGAAGGGAUUCCUUUACCUAUCCAGUGUUUCAGGCGGGUCCAAGGAUUUGCUUGGGGAAGGAAAUGGCUUUUAUGCAGAUGCAGAAAUUGGUGGCCGGCAUUCUCAGGCGGUUCAGGGUGGUUCCCACGGUGGCUGACGGUGUAGAACCUCGCUACUUUGCUUUCUUGACUUCCAAGAUGGAAGGUGGCUUCCAUGUCAAGAUCCAGAAAAGGGUUCUCUCAGACUGAAAGCCAAUUAAGCAAUUAUGUCUAAA